AUAAGGUAUUAUCGCUACCUCCUGGCUAUGGUGUAUGCUAUAUUGGAAAUUAACAAGUCACCAGAUAUUCUACCAAAUAUCACACUGGGAUUUAAAUUGUAUGAUACUUGUUACAAUGAAGUUAGAUCAUUGCUGGGGACAACUUUGAUCUUGUCAGGGGGAAAACAGACAGUGCCAAAUUUCAACUGUGACAUGGAGAGCAUACCGGCUGCUAUAGUUGGUGACAUGACUUCUAAAGCCUCAAUACCAAUAGCCAGAAUUCUUGGACUGUACAGAUUUCCUCAGAUAAGUUAUGCUGCAGCACACCCAAUUCUCAGUGAUAAGUUACAGUUCCCAUCGUUCCUUAGAACCAUAGCUGAUGAUGACUAUGAGAUAGUAGGAAUUGCAAAAGUGGUGAGUCACUUUAACUGGACUUGGGUGGGGAUCAUAAGCUCUGAUAAUGAAUUGGGACUUUCAGGUUCUCAAUUGCUAAUCAAGGAGGUUGAACGCAAUGGAGGCUGCAUUGCAUUCCUUGAAAUUCUGCCUAUCUUCAGUUCAAUGGAGUCAGUUUUUCGCAUUAUAGAUGUCAUCAAGAAAUCAAAAGCCACAGUUAUAAUGGUGUAUUCCACUAUGGAGAACCUUAUUCCCCUUAUGGAAGAGGCCUCAUUUCACAAAAUUGUAGAUAAAGUGUGGAUUGGUGGUGGCAGCUGGUCCAUCACUUCUGACUUUCCAAGAAAGGACAUUUUGACCACUUUAAAUGGCAGUCUAGGUUUGUCACCUCCAAGUGGAAAAAUUCCUGGAUUUAAAGAAUUUCUUUACAGUAUCCAUCCAUCUAAAUAUCCAGAUGACUUCUUAAUGAAAACUUUUUGGCAAAAUGCCUUUGGUUGUGUUUGGCCAACAGAAGCUCCUUAUAAUUUCACAUUUUCAAACACUUAUGAAGACCAAACCCUUUGGUGCACAGGGAAAGAGAAACUAGAAAGUAUUGAUCCAAAUGUAUAUAAUGUGAACACAUUCGUAUACACAUACAAAAUUCACAAUGCAGUUUUUGCCAUUGCUCAUGCUUUGCAUGAAAUGCAUUCCUGUUUACCAGGCAAAGGACCCUUUCUCAAUGGUACCUGUGCUGAUAUGUUUAACUAUCAACAUUGGCAGCUACUUCAGUACAUUAAAAAAGUCAAAUUCCUCAAUAGUGCAGGGGAACAAGUAUUCUUUGAUAAGAAUGGAGAUAUACUCCCUUUCAUGGAUAUCCUUAACUGGCAGCUCUAUGACAAGGGCAGAAAUCAGUAUGUCCAUAUAGGCAGCUUUGAUGGACAUGCCCCAAAAGGGCAUGAACUACAGAUGGAAGAAGGAAAGAUUGUCUGGAAUGGACACCAUUAUCCCCCAAAUUCUGUCUGUAGCAAUCCUUGUCCAAAAGGCUUUAGAAAAUCUACAGGUCAAGGAAAAAAGAUAUGUUGUUUUGAUUGUGUUCCAUGCUCUGAAGGAGAGAUCCUCAACCCAAAUGAUAGCACUGAAUGUCUGAAAUGUCCAGAAGAUCAGUGGCCAAAUACAUCAAAAGACAAAUGUGUGCCAAAACUCAUUCAGUUUCUUGCUUAUAAUGAUGUCUUGGGUUCCUCAAUGGCAUUCAUAGCAAUCCUUUGCUCUGUACUCACUUUUUCUGUGCUUUGUUUGUUUAUUUUUAAACAUAAAACACCCAUAGUUAAAGCCAACAACAGAGAACUUAGUUAUAUUCUUCUGGUUUCCAUUAUGUUCUGCUUCCUGUGCUCCUUAGUAUUCAUUGGAAGACCCAACAUGUUAACCUGCAUGCUACGCCAAGUGGUAUUUGGAAUUAUUUUCUCCAUUUGUCUGUCAGCAGUACUAGCCAAGACUAUCACAGUCAUAAUGGUAUUCAGUGCUACAAAUUCAGAUAGUAAAAUAAAAAGACUUGUUGGUUUGCGAAUUCCUAUAUACAUUGUUCCUUUAUGUACUUUAAUCCAGUUAGUCCUGUGUUUAACAUGGAUGUGUAGUUCUGCUCCUUUUGAAGAAAUCAAUAUGGUGGCAGAGAUUGGGACUAUAAUUAUUGAAUGUAAUGAAGGAUCAAAAGUAUUAUUUGCCUGUGUUUUGGGCUACAUGGGACUCUUGGCAUCUCUCAGCCUCCUUGUUGCAUUUCUAGCCAGGAAUCUCCCCAACACUUUCAAUGAAGCCAAGUUUAUCACUUUCAGCAUGUUAGUGUUUGCUAGUGUCUGGAUUACAUUUAUCCCAGCUUAUCUAAGCACCAAAGGAAAACACAUGGUCGCAGUGGAGAUAUUUGCCAUCAUAUCUUCUAGUGCUGGGCUACUUGUUUGCAUAUUCUUUCCUAAAUGUUACAUCAUUUUAAUGAAGCCUGAAAUGAACAAUAAGAGAUAUAUAACAGGGAGAAAAUGA